UAACAUCUGAGGUGGGGUUGAUCAGUGUCGGUACUUAUUUGUUUCUCUUGGGAGUUGGCAUUUGUUCUUGGUGGAAGAAACUCUUAUGUUUUAAAAACCAAAUGAUUUGGUUAAAUGAUUCUAAAGUUGUUUCAGCCAAGCCAGUGCUAAAAUAAAAUGCCUUAUGACUUUGAGAUGGAACUAGUUGAGGUAUGUGGGGCUCUAUGAAGUCAGAAAGAAUCUGGGAAAGAAUCUACAAGUAGUUUUCACUUUCAGGCACCAAACCUUGUUUAGUCUGUUUUCAGGGGAUGAAUACACAGGUCCUAGAAGGUCCUAGGGCUUGGUAAGACCCUGCAUGCUGAUUUAGGACUUGAAGUCGUCUUGAUGCUGUUCGGCAUAUUAAAGUUUCUCAGACCAUGGCAAGAUAUAAAUGUUUCAGUGAAGAAUUACUGAUCUAUGGACACUGUUCUUUAUGCCAUUAAGAUGAAAUGAAAAUAUCUUAUUAAAAGGUUGGGAAGUCUUUUCUGGUCAUUGUGCCAAUUUUGCUGCAGACUCCAAUUUCUUCCUAGGAAGAUGGCUCAGUUGGACCGAAGGGAGGAAGAGCAACUAUCUGAAGGCCACAAGGGACCUGGAAGAAUGGAACAGGAUCAGGUCCUUCCUCUCCUCUCAGAGAGGAGAGAGCCAGAGAGCAGCACCAAGAGGAGGAUCAGCCACUUGCAAGUUGAGGGUGCAGACUCCUUAGGAGAAGGAACAGCUAUGGAGCCAGACAACAUCCACCGAGUCUCCCUCCUUAGUAGAGAUGCCCACUGGGACUCCUCUUUCUACCUCACAAGCUUUGGUCAGUUGAAACUGUCAAUAGAUAAACAAGACCGGGUUUUGCUUCUUUAUAUCAUAGAAGCCAAAGAUCUCAUGAUCAAAGACUCUCGACCUUGUGAUGCUUAUGUGAAGGUGUCUGUGGUACCUGAUAAUGAUCGAAAACGAAGGCAGAAGACUCAGACUAUCCCAGACUGUAAAAAUCCAGCUUUCCAUGAACGUUUUUUCUUUCCCAUCCAAGAGGCAGAUGAGCAGAAGCGGCUUCUGGUUGCUGUGUGGAACAGAGAAAGAGACAGUAGACAGAAUCAACUCAUUGGCUGCAUGAGUUUUGGGGUGAAAUCUCUUCUGGCCCCUGACAAGGAGAUCAGUGGCUGGUAUUAUCUUCUGGGACAGGACCUAGGCCUCACGAAACAUCUUAAGGUGGCAACUCGGCGGUUGAAGAAGAGCAGAGAUGCAUUACUGAGAAAAUCUGAUCUAGCACUGAAACAUGUGGACAGUGAAAACAUGCAAUUAAAGAUCACCAUCCCGAGGGGAAGGGACGGCUUUGGUUUCACCAUCUGCUGUGACUCUCCUGUUCGAGUUCAAGCUGUAGAUUCUGGGGGCCCUGCAGAGCGGGCAGGGCUGCAGCAGCUAGACACGGUGCUACAGUUGAAUGAGCAGCCUGUGGAACACUGGAAAUGCGUGGAGCUGGCCCAUGAGAUCAGGAACUGCCCUGGUGAGAUCAUCUUGCUAGUGUGGCGCAUUAUCCCUCAGAUCAAACCUGGGCCUGAUGGUGGUGUCCUGCGCAGGGCCUCGUGCAAGUCAACUCAUGACCUCCAGUCACCCCCAAAUAAACGGGAGAAGAACAGUGGUCUGGGGACCAGACCUGAGCAGCGCCGCAGCUGUCACCUAGUGUGUGACAGCUCUGACGGGCUGCUUGUGGGCGGCUGGGAGCGCUACAGUGAAGUGGGGAAACGGGCCCAGCACACUUUGCCACCACUGUCCCGGCCUUCAGCUCCUCCUGACCCCAACUACAUCAUCUUAGCCCCUUUGAACCCUGGGAGCCAGCUUCUGAGGCCCUUGUAUCAAGAGGACAGUAUCCCAGAGGAUACAGGAAACACUAGCAAAGGAAAAUCCCACAUAGGCCUGGGGAAGAAAUCCAGACUGAUGAAGACAGUGCAGACUGUAAAAGGCUGUGGUAACUACCAGAACUGUACCAUCAUGAAGCCCCACAGCCCACACUCAAGCUAUGGCACCUAUGUGACACUGGCUCCCAAAGUCCUGGUCUUUCCUGUUUUCGUACAGCCUCUAGAUCUCUGUAACACAGCUCGGACUCUGCUGCUGGCUGAGGAGCUUAUGCUUUAUGAGGGGAGAAACAAAACUUCCAAGGUGACAUUAUUUGUGUAUUCUGAUCUGUUGCUCUUCACUAAGGAGGAUGAGCCAGGACGAUGCAAUGUCCUGAGAAAUCCACUGUACCUCCAGAGUAUAAAACUGCAGGAAGGUUUGUCAGAAGACUUGAAAUUCUGUGUACUCUAUUUGGCAGAGAAGGCGGAGUGCUUAUUAACUUUGGAAGCCUACUCUCAAGAGCAGAAGAAGAGGGUGUGUUGGUGCUUGUCCAAGAACAUUGCCAAGCAGCAACAGCUGGCAGCAGCGCCACAGGAGAGCAAGAAACUCCACCCUCACAGCUCUUUCCAUCAGGAGACAGCGCAAGCCAGCUCAACCUGUGAAACUCAGCAUAGAAGCUUUACAUCAUCAGGACAAACUCUCAUUGGAUGAUCAAACCCAAGGGCAGGACUCUGCUUCUAACAACUUGACCCUUUUUUUGGGUAUCCUCCACUUGAGUAUCCUCCAUUUCACAAUAACAUCAUCUCAAUGUGGAGGACUAAGAUGUGACCUCGAUGGUGUGCAGGGCUAUCCCAAGAGAGGGCCUCCAAGGCACUGUGCAGAUUGGUACCUAAUGGUCCACAACAGAGGAGACUCAGAGGAGACUUGAUGGAGCGCUUUCUGAUGAGGAAGAAAUGAAUAAAAUCUCAUCUAUCCUUCCUCAUUCCCUGUGAUAUCUCCUUCUCUACUGGAAGGGCAGGAAAUGGCUAGAGAGUCUUUAUAAUCCAGAGUAGUUAGCUUCUAGGAAGCUUACCAUUUUCUGAACGCCUGGAUUUAAAUAUGGGAAAAAAUCAUGUAAGCAUUGAAAAUUGUAGGGACUUCUAGAUCGGAAGAGAUUAAACAUCUCUCCCAGUUUCCAUCAGUACAACUAGCAGAUGGAUCAAGAGGGUUUUUGGAUUUUUCCUUGAACCUUCCAUAUUUUGACAAAGAAUAUGGUCAGUGUCAUGGAAGGUAGGAAAUAUGCUGACUUAGUUCAAGUGAAUUUAAGUUCUCUGAACUGAAUUAAUCUAUUCAUAUCCCCGAGAGUGUGAUAUAUCCUUAGGCCUUAGCAGGAAGUGAUUUUUCCCAUUGUCAUUAAAAUGAAUUUUAGAAAGAAAAACAAAUGGCAGCAUUUGUAGAGUAGUUGAGGUCAGGAACUACUUCAGGAAAGCUCUUUGCUUCCUUUUGGAUUAAGAAAGGUUCAGUUAUCUAUCAUGAGUGGACUUAAACACUCCACAGAUUGUAGAUGCCUUGCUGUAGGCCUUGGUUGUUAGUCUUUUGAGUUUGGAGGACAAUUUACCUUAUAGGUAUAUUUUAAGAAGAGUAUUUUUCCAUAAUAGCCUCUGACAUCUCUCCUGCUGCUGUCCUUUAUCUUAUUCAGAAUGCUAAUGAAAUUUGGGGGAGCUAUUUAUUGUUUGCAUUUCACUGUAAUUAUCUGUCCAGAACUCAGAGGAAAGCAGGAAAGAAAAUUUGAGUCUCUGGGACUCAAGCACACUAACCAUCUAAUUAGGGUUCAUAAACCCGUAAGUUUUAGAUGAAAUAAAGUGAUUGGUCUGCAUGUCAUUUUGUCAGGCCAUUGCAUUAUCCCUGGCUCUCUCUGUAUGAUGCAGCACAAUGCUGGGCCUUUGUUGUCAUUCUUUGUGGGAUUCUACUUAGCGUAUUGCCCGAUUUAUUUUUUAAAUUUUGGGCUGCUUUGCUCAAAUGGGUAUAUCUGUUGGAAUCCCAGUGACAGUGAAGAAGAGAUUGAUCCCCUAAGAAAGAACAAAGUGAAUUAUAAGGAUCUUGUUCUGGGGAACUAGGGCCCGAGUUAAUGUCGAUCCAUGGGCUCAGGGAAGAAAUUAAAGCCAGCUCUUGCCAGUGACCAACUGUUCAGGGUUAAUGCUAAGCUGCUUCAGGUGAAUGACUGAACAAUGAAAUCUCUAAAGAAGUUUUGCAGGAUCUGCACAGACAGUAAGAUGCUCUUUGAUUUAAUUCUGCUCAGAAAUGACAUUAAAGGGAAUAACUGAGUAAGACUCAGGAAAAUUGCAUUUCUGGGAAAGCAGGGACAGGCUGCCUCCCCAUGACUCCACUUUGCUUCUCAGUGGAGGCAUUCUAGAAAAUCUUCAUGAGCAUUGGGCAUAGGACUUGGUCAGGACUUGGAGAAAUAAAGGAGAAUAUUCCAGGACCUCCAGGUUUGGUGUCCUCAUUACUCACCACAAUUGAGCUGGGGCAUGAAACUUUCCCAUGGAGUUCUGAUUAAUUGGAUCAGAGCAUCAUAGAUCAAGAAUGGGAAGGCAUCUUGGAGGCCAGUGCAAUUCUAGUACAAUUCCCUCAUUUGUUAGAUGAGGUACGCGGGUCCCAGUGAGCAUGAGUUCCCAAAAGUCAAAUGGAAGAAGUAGCAGAGGUGAUAUUUGAACUUAGGUCUUCUCCAAAUUUGUUGCUUAUUCUGCUUUCUCAUGCUGAAUGACCAGAGGGGAACACAAGAGGCUUCCUGAUAAAGUAGGGGUUUAGUAAUUAAAGCCAAGUACAAGAACUGCAGGGACCAUCCCUGUUCUCUCUCAAAAAUCAAUGAACCAAUCUUGCUCGUUUCAUUUGCUGUGGAAGAGGAAAGAUGACCUGGUAUUCUUUGCUGUUCAUCAUCUCAGUCUAUCACAAAUGUCUAGUCAUGAUAUGUAGUCUAUCGAAAUGGAUUAAUUUAAAAUUCAUAAUCAUAACAAAGAACCAACUCCCUCUUUUCUUCAUUAAUCACUUUAAAGGCUCCAUAGCAGUGUCUUUACUAGUUGGUCAAUUGUCUUAGUUCAGUGUCUUAAAUCCUAAUAGUUAAGAUGAAGGGAACACAACCAUUUGUUCUUGAGGUUAUUUGUGCUAUUUGAACACAGUGAUUAUUUUAGUCCCUGGCACGCUGAUAAGCACUUGAUAAGAUUUUCAUGUAUAAGCAGAUGCCAGGCCAAUGUUACCUUUUCUAUAGACAGUACUGACUGGGUUAUUUGUUGUUUUGCCCUCUUCUGGAUAUGUGGAGAACAUUUAACUUCUCUUUAUGAUGUUGUCUGUUUGUAUUUUUGUGGGUGUUUUUAAAAGAAAAUCCUGCCAUCAAAGUCUCUAUGGCUCAUAUAUAGUAGUGCCUAGAGAGCUAGCCUGGCCUCUGAGUGGAGAAAAUUUGGGUUCUAGUCCUACCUCUGACACACUGCUCAUCUGGAAACCUCUACAUCAAUGAAAUUACAAGGCUGGACCUGAAAAAAAACCCGAUUCUUCAGCACAAAUUAAAGAUGUUAUUUGUGAUUCAUCGGGACUCUUUAUUCUGAAAGGACAAUCACAAAGAACAGAUUGGUUAAUUAAUCAAGUAUUUUAUGAGCAAAGGAAACUUCUUCCUAACUCACCAGAUGUGGGGACAUGAGACCUUCCUAAAAGCCUGAAAUAAAUAAAGUUAGGUAAAGUAAAACAAAGAGGAAUCUAGAAGUCCUAAUUUUAAGAAGAAAUAGAAAUUCAAGAUAAAACUAACUUUGAAAGAAAUUUGUGGAUGGCAGCUUCAUAGCGGGAUUUUAAUGUUAAGGAACGUUUAGGUUGCAGUUACAGGAGACUAGUAUACCCUUCUCUCUACUUCUUUAUAGGAACAAGUCCUGGACUGUAUGGGCAGGAUUCUGAUAUUCUGAUGUUGGUUAGAAGUAGGAAAAAAAAGGCUUCUGACUUUCAUGUGUAUAUGGCACUUAGCAGAAAUCUCAUAAAGAAGGCUUUUAAGUAGAGCCUUGCUCAGUGUGAUGGAAGGUCCUCUGCUCUUCCUCUUCUUUGUGUUUAGAUUUUAAUUGUCAGUCAUGGUUUAAAUGUCAGUCUAGAAUUCUUAGAAGUAUUGCUAACUGGCCAAGCUAAUGUCAGUUUAAUCAAACUGAAUUUCAGAUUCUCAUCUAAGGAAGUAGAAAUGUUUUCCUGAAAAGCAUUAAGUACUGCUGGCAUUCUCCUCUAGAGCUGUAGAGAGAAAAUAAGGAUCUAGAAAUAUCUAAAGAAAGGCCUUUUGUUCUGCCAAAUUUUGCUCCCAGUCCAAAUUCAUUCCCAAUUCAGUGCAUAGAGAAGAAGAAUUUGAAGAAUUUGGGGUCAGUUACAGAUUACUUCAGAAAUUUAAUCCUAGAUAUUGUUGAUCCUGCCUCCAAUUGUAGAUGUCUUGUUGCUUGCUUUGCAAUUCUAGAAAACAAAACCUCUUCUUUCCCCCAGUCUUGUUCUUGUUCUCCCAUCACCGUUCCAUGUCAAAUGGAAAUUUUGGCUUCUAAAAGCAUUUCUGCAGAUAUAUAAGGCCCCUCAAUUAAGGGAGUAUCGGGUAGGAAUCUUCAGAUGUCUCAUCUCAAAACACAUCUGCAUAGUUUGAGGCAGUAGCCACAGCUCUUUCCAUCCUCAUGGUCAUUUCUGAUGUUGGGUUUGCAGUCCUUCCCUGUAAUUUUUGGAUAGUUCCCCAUUUUCUUAAAGAUUUCUGUGAGCAAUUCCUUCCUGUUUCUUGCCUACCUAGUGACUUUGAGACUUCAAGAAAAUAAAAAUUCUCCUUUCCACAAAAAUUUAGGGAUGAAAGAAUUUGAUCCAGUUUCUUUAUCAAAAAGAAAUCAAAGGGCAGCUAGAUGGCAUAGUCUAUAGAGCACCAGCCUGAAGUCAGGAGGACAUGAGUUCAA